UGUAUUUCGCUCUCCGUAAGCACACCAAAAGUAUCUUAUCCUUGCCCCCGAACUCUGUCUAUUCGUCCCCGAACCCAAAUGAAAGGUUGGAUUUUUCCAUCUGUUUGCCACUGGUCCUGAGCUUGUUUUCUCCCCAAAAUGCCGCUGAGGAGCCCCUUCAGCGGAUCGAGACUCGCAACACCGCUGUCCUCUUCUCCGAGAGACCCUCCUGAGAGGCCCUUCCUCUUCGGUCAGCCUCUCAGAACCUCGUUUUCAAGUGGCCAGGGGAAAUCAGUUGUAUUCAAAAGAGUUGUUGUCAAAUCAAGAAAACUCUCAGGGUUGGAGGAGGCCAUGCGAAUUAGAAGGUUACGGGAGCGUCAAAGUACAGUUAAAGAGAGGAAAAGGCCUUCACUAAGGCGCGGAAAGGUCUCUGCUCCCCUUCCUGUGCCAGAACACAUUCUUAGACCUCCUUAUGUGGGUUCAAACCUACUGCCUGAGAUUUCUAGCGAAUAUCAAGUACAUGAUGAUGAGGGCAUUAUUCGCAUGAAAGCUUCCUGUGAGCUUGCCGCACGUGUUUUGGACUUUGCAGGAACAUUAGUCAGGCCAUCUGUAACAACAAAUGAAAUUGAUAAAGCGGUGCAUGAGAUGAUUGUCCAAGCUGGUGCUUAUCCUUCUCCGCUUGGAUACGGUGGAUUUCCAAAAAGUGUUUGCACAUCAGUAAAUGAGUGCAUGUGUCAUGGAAUACCUGAUUCUCGCCAGCUACGGGAUGGAGACAUAAUAAACAUCGAUGUUACUGUCUACUUAAAUGGCUAUCAUGGGGACACUUCAAAAACAUUUCUGUGUGGGAAUGUUGAUGAACCUACAAAGCAACUUGUGAAGGUAACAGAAGAAUGCUUGGAGAGGGCCAUAUCUGUCUGUAAAGAUGGUGCUAGCUUUAAGAAGAUUGGCAAGAAAAUUAGUGACCAUGCUGAAAGAUACGGCUAUGGUGUCGUAGAGCGUUUUGUUGGCCAUGGUGUUGGAAAAGUAUUUCAUUCUGAACCAAUAAUAUUGCAUCACCGUAAUGAUAAUCCUGGAUUUAUGAUUGAAGGUCAAACUUUUACCAUUGAGCCCAUUCUUACAAUGGGAAGCAUCGAGUGCAUCAUGUGGGAUGAUGGCUGGACUGCACUUACAGCCGACGGCAGCUCUGCCGCACAAUUUGAGCAUACAAUACUAAUCACAAGGACAGGAGCAGAGAUCUUGACAAAAUAUGAAGAUUAACAUAUGGCGUUGCAUUUAUUUGACUGUUAGAGAAACGGAUGUCCAUCUUUCAUAAAAACUUAAACAUUGCACUAUAUUUUUGUAUUGUGGUUAUAUACUUUUUUAUCGUAUAUCAUUGUAUACAGGAAUUCAAUGGUUCCGACCAUGCAUAUAUUAUUCCUGAGUUGCUUAUGUUAACAUCCACAACUAGGAAAAGCCCAAGUAGUGUGUUAAAUGAUCAAUGUAGAAUAUUGAUCGUUUAAUAGAGCAACAAAGUUUGUGAAGUGGUGCAACA